AUGACCGAGAUGCAACAUGAACUCCGCGACCUCCGAAAACAACUUAAAGACGUUCGGGCCGAAAAAGAGCUAUUCGAGAAUAAGUACAAUGAGGCGGGCGAGUCUAUGGAGAUGAUGACGCUCGAUAAAGAGAUGGCGGAGGAGAAGGCUGAGAAUUUGCAGCAUGAGGUUAACAUAUUGAUGGAGAAGAUCGAAGAGAUUAGUGUUGAUUUGAGCGUGUUUAAACAGGAAGGGGACUUGAUAAAUAAUGCAGAGACUAGUGUUGAUGGAAGGACAGCGGUUGAGAUCAUCCAACUUGAACGACAGAAUGAGCGGUUGAAGGAGGCACUUGUUAGACUACGAGACGUCACAAGUGAAAACGAGUCUGAGCAAAACAGAAAACUGAAACAAUAUGAAAAAGAAUUGGCGUCGUUGCAAGAUAUACAAGUUCAACAUGAUCAAUUAAGAAAUCAUCUGAAAACGGCCGAAAGCCAAAUUGAAGAUCUAAAAAUCCGUUUAGAUGAUGCUUUGAAUGCUGAAGAUAUGCUUGAGCAGCUGACAGAGAAGAAUUUGGCUAUGGGAGAGAAAAUAGAAGAAAUGCGAAUAGCAAUCGAAGAUCUUGAAGCUCUUAAAGAACUAAACGAUGAACUCGAAGAGAGUCAUGUCGAAAAUGAAAAACAAUUGCAAGCUGAACUUGAUCACAAGGACAUUCUCAUCAGGGAAUACAUGAAACGUAUAGAGUUAGCAGAAGAAACAAACGCCGACUACGAAAACACGAUUAAUCAAUUCCGUGAGUUGGUUGCUAAUUUGCAAAGUGAUCUUGAUCAAAUACGACAUAAAGAAGAAAGCCAGUACUCUGAAUCAAAGAAUCUCAGCAGCCAGUCACAAGCUAUGCUUAAUCUAAACUUCCAGCUCCAAUCCACCGUUAUGAAAGCACAAGCUAAACAGAUCGAUUUGGAACUUCGUAAAUUAGAUGCUGUACAGGCGUCUGAUAAGUUAUCUUACGUGCAGUCUUAUCUACCGGACUCGUUCUUCAAAACCGAGAAUGAUUCGAUUAAUUGUCUGCUGCUGCUUAAGCGUCUCGUGUUCAAAUCCGAAUUGAUUAUCAAGCAACUCGACCAGAUUCAUAAUAUACCCGAGAAAUUAAACACUGCUGUGCCCGAGGAAUUGAUUGUUGCCUGUGAAUUACGACAAAAACUUGCAUGGUUCUCAGACCUGGCUAAACGACUUGUCAUGUUUAUUAAUGGGUGUCCUAUUGAGACAUUCACGAAAAUGGGACAGGUGUAUCAUGAUCUUGUUGGAACAGAGAGACGAUUGAAUUCGAUUGUUGAAAUGUUACGUAAAGAAGAAUUGAAAGAAGCCAAUUACAUUGAUGACAUACAAAGAUCUAUUGCACAACUUGAACACCUGGCAGAAGUCUAUCUCACCAAUACACAGAGCGAUAACGCCGAGAAGUUUUAUGCGUUUGUACGUGCAGUCGAUUUCAAUGCUGAUACGGUUGCUGUUUCUUUGGGUCAUAUUAAGCAGGCGGUUGCUCUUGCUUGUAAAGAUGAAGAAAUCAAUGUUUCUGGCGGUGAAGAAUUUAACUCCGAGUUCUUCCAUCCCUUGCAAAAUCUGGUCUCGAAAUCAAAGAGUAGCAAGGUCAUGGCAAGGAAGUUGCUUCGUCGUUUGGACGACCUGACAGAACAAUCUUCCACCCUGAAAACAGAUCUUCUCGCGAAAUUCAAGAUUUGUUAUACCACUAGCGCUAAACUGGUGUCGUUCUGUCAUGAGGCAUGGAAAGCAAUCGCCUCCUAUAUAAACGAAAAGAAAGACUCUAAAGAAGAACUACUGCUCAGCGGUCUCCAACAAUUAAUCUACAAAGUUACGGAACACAUUCUCGGUAUCAACGAGAUGAACAUGUGGGAAGGGUGUACGAGUUCGCUGCAGGAAUUGUGUGUGGAAGUUGGAAAUUUGAAUAAUUUCUCGAAUGAUAGUGAGCGGUCUGAGCCAGUGGUUAAUGGUGAACAACCAUGGGUAAUAAGGUCUAAAAAUAUCAAGGCUGAAGUUCUUGUUAAUUUGGAUACGGAACGUAAAUUGCAGCAGACGGCCGAAGAGAUGCGUGAGUUGAUUAAGGAAGUUAAAUUAAAGGAUCAAUCUCUACAAGAAGCACAAGUGAAAAUCGAUUUACAAGAGAAACGUAUGGAACUUAUUAAAAAUCAGGCUGACACAAUCGCCACACUUGAAGAACAACUAGCCAGCUCGCGAAGACAACAAAGUGAUUUCGAAGAAGCGAUGAAUAAUCUCCAUACAGAUCUUGAUAAAUUAGAACAAGAAAAUAGUCAGUUCAAGUUAUUGGCAGAGAAGUUGGAAGAUCAUACUAUACGAUCACCAAGCGCAUCAAAACGCAACACAAUGACGAGUCAAUUUGUCGACGAGGAUGAUUUCAGUAGUCAGAUUCCUGAAACUAAUUCUGUUGAGAGUCAAAGAUUGAAUAGUCAGAUUGAAUCGCUUAAAUUUGCCGUACGGUUCUUACGAGCCGAAAACUCUCAUCUCAAAGGCCGUGACGCACUCGAUGUACUAAACUUGCACUUACCAAGGAAAACAAGAUCGAUUAACGACGAGGUUGUAAAGUCUAUUGCACAGGAAGCCAAAUCAUUGAUCAAGGAAUUCCGCUCAGCAAGAGCCACCCUAAAAAUCGUUGACCUAAACAAAGCAACAACAAACUAUCGAGGCUGGCAACCAAAAGGAAAAUUACCCAACUCGCAGUACUUGAAACAACAAUCGGCGACCGAGAUGAACAAGUUGCAGAAGCGAAGUAACGAGCUGAAAGCCAAACUUACACAAAUUGGAAAGACUAAUCAACUAAGACCUGUCAAGCUCGGUGGAUCAGGAACACGACCUCCAUUCAUCGGCCGCAUACAAGUCCCGCUACCUGAAAGCGCUGCCACACACCAUCAUUCUGAGAACAAGUCUUCGCUAACGAAAACGCCGUUACGACAUAAUGCGCGAUUUUCGCGUCAUUUUGGUAGUAUUGUGAUGGCCGACACCUCAAAUAUAAAUGGGAACAUGUUUGGUUGUGGAAUCAACUUGCACCACAUAGAGAUAACCGAACUACUUAUAAUCAUACCCUCAGUACCAGAAAAAAGUGGAUCAGGAAAAG